AUGGCCAUGCUGCUGGACGGCGGGCCCCAGUUCCCCACCUUGGGGGGCUUCGCGGCCUCUCGGCCCCACCCGCACGACGUGACCCUGGGGCUCAACCCCGCGCCCUUCGCCGACUCUUCCUUCAAGCUCAGCCCCGCCGCCCACGAGCUGGCCUCGGCUCAGGGAUCCGCCUUUACGCCGCAAGCUUCGGGCUUCGCGCAGCACCACCACCAUCACGCCGGCCAGGUGCCUUCGCCUUACGUGGCCGCCUUCAACUCCACGCGGGACUUUCUCUUCCGCAACCGCGGGGGCUGCGCCCUGGCCGAGGCGCCCUCGAGCGGCGGCGGCGGCGGCGGCGGCGGAGGGUCCAGCGGGGUCCCCGUCGGCUCCCCGGCGCCGCACGGCCUCUUCGGCAGCAACGCGCCCGGCGGACUCCACGCGGACGGCGCGGGCGGCUACCUGCUCUUCCCCGGCUUGCACGAGCAGAACGCGGCCGGCCUGCCUUCGCCGUCGGGGCCCGGUGAGGGCGGCCAGCUGCACCUGGGUCUGCGCGGAGACUUCUUCGGCCGGCCGGACUCGUACCGGGGCAUCUCCAGCCCGCGAGCGGACGCUUACGGGGCCGCGCCGCCCUUCCCCAACUACGGCCCGGUGAACGUGGGGGGCAUGAACGUGGGGACGGCCCACCACCACCCUCCCCACCCCCACCCCCACGCCCACCCGGGAGCCGGCGCCUUCUUCCGCUACAUGCGGCAGCCGGUGAAGCAGGAGCUGGCUUGCAAGUGGCUGGAGGAGGCUUCCCCGCCGUCGGGGGCUCGGUCCAAGAAGUGCUGCGAGCGGCAGUUCAGCACCAUGCACGAACUGGUCACCCACCUCACGUUGGAACACGUCGGGGGCCCCGAGCAGAACAGCCACGUGUGUCUGUGGGACGAGUGCGGCCGCCAAGGCAAAUCCUUCAAGGCCAAGUACAAGCUGGUCAACCACAUCCGCGUCCACACGGGCGAGAAGCCCUUUCCCUGCCCCUUCCCGGGAUGCGGGAAGAUUUUCGCUCGCUCCGAGAACCUCAAAAUCCACAAAAGGACCCACACGGGAGAAAAGCCCUUCAAGUGCGAAUUUGAAGGCUGUGAUCGGCGUUUUGCGAACAGCAGCGACAGAAAGAAACACAUGCACGUACACACCUCUGACAAGCCCUACGUCUGCAAAGUUUGUGACAAGUCCUACACCCACCCCAGUUCCUUAAGGAAGCAUAUGAAGGUCCACGAAACGCAGAGCUCCGAAUCCUCGCCCGCAGCCAGUUCGGGCUACGAAUCCUCCACGCCCCCCACCCUGGCUGCUGCCCCCAGUAAGGACUCCGGGAAAGCUGCCCCUUCCACUGUUCAGACGGCCAACCCGAACCCUGGUCUGCCCCCCAACUUCAAUGAAUGGUAUGUCUGA